CAACCUAUAAAUGUCAAAUAAACUUUCAGCUGGAUCAGUAACUGGGAUUGGGCAGCCACUGACGUCAUUUUCCCGCACCGACGAAACUCUGUGGGACCUCGGGUCCUUUGUCACUGGUUGCGGGAGCAGCGAGAAAUGGAGCGUGAGGCGGGGAUGGGCUGUGAAGUGGUAUUGAUCGGUGGUUCCUACGAGCAGAUUGUUUUCGGUUAUCGGAUAAAGAGGCCAGGACAGAGCUGGGACCCAGAACCUGACUUUACUCAUCAUGCUCAUGGAGCCUCCUUAACCACUGUGGCUGUAAAUGAUCAAUAUGUGGCAACAGGCAGUAAAGAUGAAACUAUUCAGCUGUAUAACAUGAAAAAGAAAAUUGAUGAAGGGUCAUUAUUGUACCAUGCUGGUACAAUAACCUGCCUUGAAUUUUAUGGAACUACACACUUACUCAGUGGAGCAGAAGAUGGAAUCAUCUGUGUGUGGGAUACAAAAAAAUGGGAGUGCCUGAAGUCUAUUCCAGCUCAUAAAGGCCAUGUGUCAUCACUCUCAGUACAUCCAUCUGGAAAGCUGGCCUUAUCAGUAGGAACAGACAAAACAUUAAGAACAUGGAAUCUAAUUGAUGGAAAACCUGCAUUCAUCAAAAAUAUAAAGCAGAAUGCUCAAAUUGUCCAGUGGUCCCCAAGCGGAAACAAUUAUAUUGUGGUUUCAAAUAACCAGUUGGACAUUUACGCUCUGAAGACUGCCUCCAUCAAUGGUACCAUCAUGUGCAAAAAGAAGAUCACAUCAGUGAAAUUUAUAACAGAAGCUAUCAUUGCUAUAGCUGGAGAUGAAGAACAUGUAAGACUCUUUGAUACAAACUCAAAAAUGUGUCUUUCUGAAUUCAAGGCUCAUGACAUCAGAGUGAAAGUGAUGCAUUUUUUCCAAGUGGCACAGAGUUAUGUUCUUGCCACAGCAUCCAGUGAUGGUUACAUUAAACUAUGGCAGAUAGACAUUAAAAAGGUUCCAAGUUGUCCUUUACUGCUAAGUGAAGUAAAUACUUCUGCCCGGCUGACCUGUCUGGCUGUGUGGCUGUCAAACCCUGCAAGUAUUGCACAAGAGGUUGAAGAGCAAGGUAGACACUGUAAAGGAAUGGGGGAAUCUACUGCAUUUAAAUUUUGAGUACAAAAUGGAAUCUUUACUUGGAGGAUGCAGCUAUCAAUAAACAUUGUAAAGAAAAGGAAAAUAAAAUAAAAGUGGCUCCCUUGGAUGGAGAUGAACACCCGAAGAAGAGAGGGCAGCAAAUUCUAUGCAAGAGAAAAAUGGCUGCUGAGACAAAAGAGAGAAGGAAGAAAUUUUUUUUAAAAAAAACUGCUUGAAAGAAACCCUUCCCUGUUGUGUGACUAUAAUAUAUAGCCAGGUGUUGUCUAUGGAUGAUCAGGUUACCCAUUUUAUAGUUUUAUAUUUGUAAAGUGGACAUGUGGAGUUCAGUGAGAUAUUGGGCUGUAACUGCUGAGCCCCCCAGUGUCAAAAUGGGGGAAUACCCCAGGAUGCCCUGGGGAAUCCUCUUCGGAAGUUCCCAGGUAAGGCUGGCAUGGCAAUUGCCUGAAAGUGCAAACUUCCCAUGGGCAAUUGCCCUGUACUGGGACCCAUCCGAAAGUGCGACUUAAAUUGCAAACUUCAGAUAGUUCCGACUGGGUUAUGCCAAUAGUUACCCAGAAGACGUUAGAAGAAUUAAAACCUGUUCUAACUUCUAGGUAACUAUUGUACAGACCCACACCAACCCUCCCACAGGACUCCCCCGCACCCACACCCACUCAGUUUAAAGCAGAAUAACUCACCUGUUUGGCAUUUGUACAGAGUUUGGCUAAAAAUACAUUUAAAUGUUCUUGCCUUAACCAAACAAUGUGUGCCUCACGCACCUACUGUGAUGCCUUGUUGUAGUCAGUAUGCUAAGUUUCAGAUUGUUAUUUAAAAUAUUUCUCCAGACUAAUAAACAUUUUUUUUUACUACUUA